AUGAGGCUAGCGGUAAUAUACAGACCACCUCCUUCUAAACAGAACGGCUUGAAUACAAACACUUUCCUUGAUCAUGAGUGGCCCCUUUUCUUAACUAAGUACGCUACAGUUGACAAUUCUGCAAUCAUAGUAGGCGAUCUGAACCUUCAUCUAGAUAUACCAGACAACAACGAUACGAGAAAAUUUACAAGUAACCUUGAUGCGUGUGGUAUGCAUCAGCAUGUACAAGAACCAACCCAUGUUGCAGGUCAUACAUUGGACGUAGUGAUAUCAAGGGAAACAGACAACAUUGUAUCAAACAUAGAGGUCGUAGAUCCUGGACUCUCUGAUUCUAGUGGAAAUAUCUUACGUGACCAUUUUGCUGUUACAUUUGAUGUCAAAGCCUCAAAACCUGCACCGAGCAACUCCACGAAGCCAAACAUGAAAAAACGUAAACUAGAACGGAAAUGGCGUGAAACUAAACUUACAAUAGACCAUCAGAUCUACAGAACACACUGUUCUAGUGUUAACAAGCUGUUAAAACAAGCUCGUGUAGAAUACUAUACAAGUAAAAUAGAGUCUUGUGGCAAUGAUCAUAAAAGUCUAUCUAAGAUUACCAAAGGUCUACUUGGAGAUACAAAUGAAGUGAUUCUACCAUUUGAUUCAUCUUCAGAGCGCCUUGCCCAGAAAUUCAGUGACUUCUUUAUCGGAAAGAUUGAAAGAAUAAGGAAUAACAUACGUUCUCAAACACAAUCGGUACCGGAUAAUGUAGAUAUGGAAUCUGAAUAUACGGGUGUCAAAUAUACUGUGUUUGCUCCAACCACAGAGCAAGAAGUGAAAGCAUUGAUUAAAAAAUCAGCCACCAAAUCCUGUGAGUUAGAUCCCAUUCCAACAUGGCUGUUAAAAGAAUGCCUAGAUGAACUAACACCAGUGAUAACCAGUUUUAUAAACGUGUCCUUGGAUGCUGCUUAUGUACCAAAAAUGUUCAAACACUCACGAAUAAGACCACUUCUAAAGAAACCAAAUCUAGAUCCUAACGAACUGAAAAACUAUAGGCCUGUGUCUAACUUGCCAUUCCUGUCUAAAAUCUUGGAAAAGGUCGUUGACGUACGACUUGAGAGCCAUCUGAAGACAAAUAAUCUACACGAGGUCAACCAAUCUGCUUAUCAAUUGUUCUUCAUAGUUUGUGUAAUAGAGAGUGAUUGUCUUGUAGCAAUAACAUCUAACUGUAGAAAAAUGAGGGAUCAGCUGACUAACAAACGACAAUGUUAUUUUUAUUUUUCCCUAAGUGCCCAGGAUAAGAAAGAAGCUAUAAAUGAAGAAUAA